AUGUUGUUUGAUACAGCACAUAUCCUCGGCAUUCUCUUGAUUAUCCUCAACCAAACUUCUGCUCGAGAGUGCGAUACUCCACUUGCACCAGAACAAUAUGUCGGUACUCCUUUCGAUCAUGCCCUGCCGCGGUCGGCUUCUUCAGAGGUCACGUUCUUCAAAAUCAAGGAUCCAACGGGCGAAUUCCUCUGCGACUCAGAAGACGCGAGAGCAGAUCUGAGCCUGCUCAAUUACAUGUCGCUCAACAAGGACGGCGAACGCCCUGACCCCAAGAAGCUCAUGCGCGCCGUCAUCGCUGUCCACGGCUGGAACCGAGAUCCCUGGAAUUACCAUGCAGCGCUGCUGCUGGCGUUGGCGAAAGCAGAGGCUCAAGACCCGGCCAAAAGCCUUGGCACAGUGGCCGUCAUAGCGCCAUAUUUCCCGAAUGGGGACGACAAAGGCAUCGGCUACCCAUGGGACGAAGACGGAGAGAGUGUUGCCGAUAGAGCAUACUCGCCGGCACUGGUCUGGUGGGCGUCGGCGUGGUCGGCAGGAGCAGUAAACAACUACCCGCCGGAGACAAAGACUGUCUCUUCCUUUGCCGUCUUGGACCAGAUUGUGCAGUACUUUGGCAACCUGGAGCGGUUUCCGAAUAUGAGACAGAUCAUCGUCGCUGGUCAUUCGCUCGGCGGCCAGACAGUCCAGCGAUAUGUGGCGGUCGGCAAGACCAGGCAGGAGCUUGGCGUCACAGUCCCCGUAGACUACUGGAUCGGCGACCCAAACUCAUUCGUCUGGCUUAACGAGACCCGGCCCUUUCCUGUUGAUGCCUGCUCCGACUUCGACAACUAUCGAGAAGGGUUCACGGGCUAUGAAGCUUAUGGCGCCGAGCACACGGGACAGCCGAUGAACUACAAUCUCGAACUCGUCAGCCAGGGCAGCGAAGCCAUCAUCAAGAACUUUCAGGACAAGCCGGUCCACUGGGCGCGGGCGACGCGCGACCUCGGCGACCACCCUGAUGACGGGUGCGGGCCUUACACGCAGGGCAAGGAUCGCAACGAGCGCUUCUUUGCGUUCAUCCGGCAGUUCCCUCCGAGCUGUACGUCGCAGUCUGCAGAGGCCUGUGACACUGUAGAUUUCGUGGAUGCGUCGCACGAUGCACCUGCGCUGUUUGCUGACGAGUCUGGCUUGGCAAGGCUGUUUCAUGACAACUUCUACGGAAGGGGGCAGUAUGCUCCUGAUUAUGGUCACCCGAGGCAGAUGGGUUUCGAUGACCCGCGCCCAGAUGGUGGAAGACUAGGUGAGCCUCUGUUGGGGGCCGACGAGGGGGUCUAUGCUGGACAGAUGAAACAUCGGGGGUGCUGGUCUGAUGUUGAUCGAGCUCAGACGGAGCGCACUCUGAGCGAGCUUGUGUAUGAUGGACCAGAAAAUACCCGGGCAUUCUGUACUGCAACUUGUGCUGAGAGCUGGUUCAAGAUUGCUGCGGUAAGCGGAAGUCGUUGCUAUUGCGGAAAUCAGCUUGACCGGCAGGCGGUCGAAGUUCCGCCGUCUUCGUGCACGACAAAGUGUCCUGGGGAUGCGGCCCAGGUUUGCGGAGGAGAUACCCGACUGAAUGUGUUCGGCCAGGACGCCUUUGUGUAG